AUGGACUUCCAAGAACUGUUUGUGGGUCGACAGACAGCAAGAUACCAGAGGCUAACUAGCGCUGAUGAGAAGGCAGCAAGGCCUAAAAACUACUGGAUGAAGAAAAUAAAUGGAAGAGUCAAAGGUUUCAGGUUAUCAAAGUCUAAAAAGUUGAAUUGGAAGGCAGUUUCAGUGAUUUUAAUACCAAAAAAGAUUGCUAGGAUGUACUUCUUUGAAAUUGUUAAACGAAUGAAGUUGGAUGAAGUAUGCCCUGCAAUUAUCUUCUCGUGUCAAUGGGGACUUCCUGUUCUUUCUCAUUCGUCUGUUAACUGUCAAAAGAAAUCGAGGAACUUGACAUGGCUUUAA